CUGCUCAAGAUUGUCGUCUGCUGAGGAAAGAUGAACUCUCUGUGGUGAAGAGUAUGAGUGCACCAAGGUUGCCAGACUGCUUCCAGAAAGUUCCUAAGAAAGUAACUAUUGUAGAGAAUGGUCAGAUUCUAGCAGUAGCUGUGGACUGUGAAGGGAUCCAUGUGAUUGCAAGAUCAGGAGUGCGUCUCAACUACAUAGUGUACAAUCUGAGCUCCGGGAAAAUAGAACGUGAUUCCCCGUUCCCGACAGAGGCUCAGGCGUUCAUGGGAAGUCAUAGAAGUGAUAUUACCCUUCAUAAUACUGGAGAGGAAUCAUUUGUGCAGCUUAGAGAUGGUAAUGGUGCCCUGUAUCCAUUUGCUAAAGAUUGUAACGAAGGAAUCAAGGAUCCUAUGUGGCUGGACUUGCCACCUGUCAGGUGUCUAGGGAUCCGAACCCACUACCUUAGAGACGUGGUUACGUCAGCUCAGAAGAACAAAGCCAUGGUACUGGUUCUUGCCAUAGAGCAUCAGACGUUGAUACCACAUAUACUACGAUGUGAUGUAGAGAAGGUGAAAACAGUUUUAGCUACCCUAGAACUUGAUGCCAGUAACCAGAAGGUUGUGCAAGACCUAUUACAGGAACAUUGUGAUGGUAACAGAAAUAUACUGCAUACGUGUGUUGCUAUGUCAGUGCCUACAUCUAACAAGGACAGUGAUAGAAAUGCUCCAGUGGGGCCGAGCAGUACAACUACAGUUACAAGCACGUCUAGUGGUUACACGUCCACACUAGAGGUGAUGAACGCGGUCACAAGUGCGGUAGAUGCCCUCACAGCUAUACAGUCGUCUAGAGGCGGGCCUAGUACCGGACCUAGCGCGGAUACUUCCGGCCGAGGUGUGAGUUUAAGGGAGAUGAUGAGAAGAGCGUCGUCUGCUGCCCGUGCUGUUAGUGGUCUAGAUGUGCGUGAGCAGGAGGAAGGCAUGGCUAUACCGACACUGAGCUGGCCGCCAGAUCCACCGAGCUACGAAUCUGUCAUUCGUCAAGAUAUAGAUAAACCGAGCCUUAGUCGGCAGUCGUCAAGCGGUCAGUCAGCCUCUUAUCCUCUACCCUCAGAGUUCAGUACCAUCAACAUACCCGCAGUGAAACUGGACGAGAAAGAAAGGCCCAAUGCAUCGUUACAGAUCCUGAAGUGUUUGUGCGAGUCGAACAUACUAAAACCUCAUCUACGAGAUCUGUUGUCUGCAAAAAAUGCGGAGGGUUGCACACCUUUCAUGCAGGCAGUGAAAGGUAGGGCGUACAUGGCAGCGAUGACACUACUGGACACGAUCAAGCGUGUCGGAACGUCCAAGGACAGCCAGGACGUUGACAAAGCCACCAUGAUGAGUAUGUUGUACCCGACAGGUUCGAGUCUCGAUAACUCGCCUCUACACGUCCUCUGCUGUAAUGAUACUUGCAGUUUUACCUGGACAGGGGCGGAACAUAUUAAUCAGGAUAUAUUUGAGUGUCGUACUUGUGGACUGCUGGGGUCGCUUUGUUGCUGCACGGAAUGCGCUCGUGUGUGUCACAAAGGACAUGAUUGCAAAUUAAAGCGUACUUCACCGACUGCUUACUGUGACUGCUGGGAGAAAUGUAAAUGUAAAGCUCUGAUAGCUGGUCAACAAGGACCCAGGCUGGAUCUUCUGAAUAGGCUUCUUGUUGAAACUGAUCUUGUUACGCUGACAAACAGCAGGGGAGAGAAUAUCCUAUUGUUCCUGGUACAGACGGUAGGUCGACAGUUGGUGGAACAACGUCAGUACAGACCUAACAGAACUAGAGUUACCUCAGCUGCACCAAGGAAAGCUCCUAAUAAUGAUCUUGAUGUUGAAAUGCCUGAACAUGACCUGGAGCCACCUAGAUUCAGUCGUCGAGCCCUCGAGCGAAUCCUCAAUGACUGGACAGCUGUGAAAGCCAUGUUACUGAGUGGCAUGCGUAGUAAAAGAGGCACUAACCCAGACGUAGUAUAUGAAGAACAGCUGUACCUAGAGAGUCAGAGUGGAACGGCAAGACUUGACAAGUUUACACACUGUUUACUUGUGAAAUGCAGUGUUGAGAUGCUAGAUACAUUAUUGACUACUUUGAUAAGAGAGAUGAGGAAUGAGACAACUGAGGGCAGGAAGGCUGAGGCCAAGAUGGUGGCACGAAGAUUUAUUCGCUCGGUUGCUAGAAUAUUUGUUGUUCUUAAUGUAGAGAUGACCCCUAAUUCUGGUAAAAAAAAGAGCCCUGGUAUACCUUCCUGUCAACCCCUGGUGAAGUGUAAGAGAGCGUUUCAAGCUCUGAUCAAUAUAGCCGUGGAGGAGUUGUGCGAGAUAGCUAACUCUCUGAUAGCCCCUGUUCGACUUGGAGCUGCCAGGCCCACUGCACCUUUCUCAUUGGUGGCUGCAAAUGUCGAAGCUGUUCAGGGAAGUGAGGAGAUAUUUAGCGUAGACCCACUGCCACCUAAAACUUCUUCUGUUGACGAGGCUGCCCACUCCGUGUCGUACGUUACCCACAGCGUGCCGGACCGAGACAUGCCCAGUGACAGGGAGAACCUCGAUGCUGGAGAUAGGGACGAGGAAGAAUUGAUGCCGGUUGACAUUGAAGAAGACAUUGAAGUGGUUGGUGGUAUAUUGAUGGGAAACGAUGACGGCCACCAGUCGGAUAACGAUGACAGGCAGUCGGAACAUUCCGAGCAUGAACAACAGCCGCCGGAACAGGACGACGUUGCCGAGAGCGACAUGGACCUAGACCUGCUCGCCGAGUCGGAGAGUGAUAGCGAGAGUAUGCACAGUAACCAAGACAAUGUCAGUGUACAGAGAAGCGCUGUUACCAUGGCAACAGCAGGAUCUGAUGCUGGUAUGGGAAGCUUGGCUCAUUUCUCUGACUCGGGAGAAUCGUCCAACCAGGAGGACGAAUAUGAAAGUGAGGGCGGGGACAGUGAGGAACACGAAGGGGAAGACCUUGGUACCCUCGAUGAACAACUUGAACGUAGAAAUAAUGCUGCAGCCAAUCAAGGUCAGAGGACAUUGCAGGCUCCGCAAACAAUGCAGUGGGCAAUUAGACAGAGAGAGCCUCAGAGCAGUACCCGGGCUCCGCCAGCUGUAGCCACAACUACAGCCACCACCGCAGGAGGUGGAAGCAGUUUGAUUUAUAUAGACCCCUCAAAUCUUCGCCGGACGACUGUCACAACAGCUGCUGCCGUGACCCCGGAGGCACCUAUCACCAUGGCAACCACAUGCAGUCAGCUGGCAAGGUCGUUCGGCAUUGUGGUGCGUCAGAUAGCCGACCUUUUAACAAUGUUACAGGACUACCACGCCCUUGCCCCGACGUUACCUAGGAUACUGGAUAUAUCAGAUCAGGAGGCCCUAGAACUCCAGCUGUAUUUAGAGUAUCAGUUAAAGCCAACAUGGGACUGGCUGAUCACUAUUCUUGACUCGACUGAGGCCCAGCUGAGAUUCGGGUCUGCCCUGAGUAACACAUCAGACCCUGCCAAUCCCAGUCACCCUCUGUGCCAUGUAAGGACUGCCCGGGAGCGUACUCGAAGAGAAGAGACACCGAUUUUACAAGUGGUUGAUACACGGCGACGACAAAGAUUUGGUGCCCUUGGAGGUACCACUGACCAUGGGAAUAAUGCAAGGAGAGAUUUUCUAAACUAUGCCUUAUCUUUAAUGAGAUCACAUAACAAUGAACAUUCGGACUCCUUACCAGUUAUAGAUAUUGCAUCGUUACGUCAUGUGGCAUACGUAUUUGACGCUCUGAUUUACUACAUGAGGAGCGGAACGGAUACGGACACAGACGUCCUUCGUGACGGUAUAUCUGUGAUAUCGUGGCAGGAGCAUGAUGAGAACGAGAAUGAUGAUCACGAUGACGAUUUAAACAAUGCAAUGUCUAUGGACACAGAGAGUAUAGACGGCGAUGGCGAGAUGUCUGGGAAACAAGGUCGCAAACAUACGUUUUUCCAGAGGUCAGAUUCAACUUUAUUUCUGGGUUGCCCGCCACCCGAUCCUUUUCAGACACCACUUGUUCAAGCAUUGCCAUUGGCUGAUCAGCCACAUCUUCUGCAGCCGAAUGCAAGGCGGGAGGAUUUGUUCGGUGUUGCUAAGCAGACUAUUGUCCCGAAUUCCACAGUGGAUGAAAAGACUGUACCUGGUAGUGAAAGUGUGCUAGAUAAACUUCCGUUGCAUUUAUCUUUAUCUGCUAGAGUGCCUGAAUCACAGUCGGGAGCUUCUGGUAAAUUGCAGACUGAUAACCAGUCUAGUGUUCCAAGUGGAUUUAACGAUAACCAGUCUAACACAGGUGCUAGUGUAAUUGUACGUUCAGCAACAUAUCAGCCAGCACCGGUCUGGGAUUCCGGCGACCCUUCAAUAUCAUCCCCGUUUUUCUCAUCAGCAUAUGAUUCAAGUGUUCAGUCUGCUAGACCAACCUCACAGGGCGAGACUAGUAGUGUGCCACCUGCAGUGCAAUCCGGUUCUCCAACCGUUCGAAGUAUUUAUCCAGUAGUAAACGUUUCAACGACGCCACAGGCAUCGUCAGAAAGGGCGGAAGUUCACCAGCCAAGUGUCAUAGUUCACUCAAGUACAGCAAUUUCAGCUAAUGUUUCUGUUGCAAAUAUAUCGUCUGCUAGCAUGGGAGUUAACUUGCUAUCGGCAAGUUCCCCUAUAUUUAAUGUCAGUGACCCUCUGCCAAGUGAUUUGAGAACAACUGCUGUAAAUAUACCAUUGACUUCCGAAUCUGUUAUCACAUCUGCCCCAUCUCCUUCAAGAGCAUCUACCUCCACCCCGGUAAUUAUGCAGCCGGCUGGAAGUGUGCAAGGGGUGGGUAACACCGAAUCUCCUGUAUCAAUGGUUAUGACACCUGUGACCUCAGAUGUUAGCCAAUCACAAGGCUCUGCAGCAGUUUCUAGACAAUCCCCAUCUAGAAAUCAAGCAUCUACAGUAUCACUUGAGAGAGAUUUAGCCCUAUCUAGUCAAGAGACCAGUUUAGAUCUCAGCACUAAUCAGUCAAGGUCGGCCACAUUGUCGAGUGAUGCAAGUGCAGCAGACAACUCUCAAAGUACUCAACCUGUUCCAAUGGACAUGUCAAUCUCCUUGGAAACUCCAUCUAGAAGGACUCAGUCAUACUCCGAUCAUGCAGGGAGCAGUGGUGUUACCGGGGUCGGCAACACGACUGGUAGUAUGGCAUUGUCACUUGGAAGCUCUGGUCCAUUACAGUCACAACUGUCCGGCAGUAGUGGUGUUACAGAAUAUAGCGUGACAGGCGAGAGCCCUGUUCGACCAGGUACUAGGUCGGACUCUUUACCCAGCAGUUCCACAUUAGGUAGCCAGGGAGCAAUGUCUGCUGCACCAAGCUUGCCAGAGUCCUCGCCAAUCACUCCUCCAGGUCAUGGAAUAUCGGGCUCGAGUCUUUCACAAACAGACUCAUCAUAUCCAGAAAAUGCUAGUAGCUUGGAAAUGGGAAGCCUAGAUCUGUCACGUGUUGAAAGUAGGAGCCUGGAUCUGAGUUCGGGUAGGUCUAGUGACGCCCCGUCAAGCCAGGUACCUGGCUCAAGCCAGGCUCCAGAUGUGCCAUUGAGUAUGGACACUGAUGGUUCCCUUGAUCUUAGCAAGUCUGCAGCUGCUUUGACCACCCUGCAACAGGUACCGGCACGACCUCCAACUGCUACAGCAAACACAAGUUCUACCGAUACACCUAUGGACAUGGUAGGAGCCAAUGAAAAUGUCUCUAACACUGUUGUCAUAGAAACAUCGCAAGGUGCACAGGCUGUGUCAAGACAACCUCCUACACGUUCUCAGAUGAUAUCCCAUGAUGCUUUGCUGGGAAGAUGGCGGCUGGCGCUGGAUCUGUUUGGCCGCGUAUUCUGUGACGACGUAGGGGCAGAACAAGGUUCGGUUAUUAGCGAGCUAGGAGGAUUUCCUGUGAAAGAGAGCAAAUUCCGUAGAGAGAUGGAAAAGAUACGGAACUCGCAACAACGUGAUCUUAGCUUAGAGGUUGUAAGAUCAAGAAAUCAGCUCAUCACCCAAUCUUUUAAACAGUUAAACACGUACUUUAAUCGAAGGACUAAUACAAGUGGACCACCUCUGGCAGUACAUAGGGUGAAGGUGACAUUUACAGACGAGCCAGGUGAAGGAAGUGGUGUAGCCAGGAGUUUCUAUACAGCUUUGGCAAAUGCAGUGCUAUCACAAGAAAAAUUACCUCCCCUUGAAAGCAUAAUGAUUGGCAGCAAAAGUUUACAAUACAAUUUAAUUCAGCGUUUGAGAACAAGAGAGAGGGAACGAGAGCGGGAACGCGAGAGGCAGCGAACGUCGUCAUCACAGAGACGUAGCAGUAGAGAACGUGACUCACGUCGCACACUCUCCUACGAUGCUCCACCAUUUUACAUGCCAUCUGACGCGAAUCCAAAUCCUUCCAGCAAUCCAGAGCCACCACCAGAGGGCAGCAGUGAUACAAUGACCCAGUAUAGGCGACAGCUCGGAGAACGAUUGUUCCCGAGAGUUAGGGCUCUUCAACCUGCGCUGGCACCUAAGAUAACUGGUAUGUUGUUAGAGUUAUCCCCGGCCCAGUUAAUAGUGAUGUUAACAUCAGAGGAGACCCUAAGACAACGUGUGGAUGAAGCUGUAGAUAUCUGUAUGUCCCACAAUACCAGGGAACAAAGAACAUUGAAUGCCGAAGCAUUGUUAGAUUUAGACAUCUUCAACCUGUCCUCAUCUGGUAACAAUUCUAACAAGAAGAAGAAACCAGCAUCACAGACUGACAGACGUAGUGACAUUGAUGAUGAAGAUGAUCUUGAGGAUAAUGCACCGUUGUUCUGGCAACCUGGUAAACGUGGGUACUACUCGUUACGUCCGGGGAAAGGUUCUCCCGAGAGAUUGAAUGCAUUUAGAAAUGUGGGCAGGAUUUUAGGUUUAUGUCUUCUGCAAAACGAAAUGUGUCCGUUGUUUAUGAAUCGUCAUGUGCUGAAAUACAUUCUCGGGAGAAAGAUAGGCUGGCACGAUCUGGCGUUCUUUGAUCCGGUCAUGUACGAGAGCUUACGACAACUCGUCCUAGACUCGGAAACGAAAGACGCGUCACUAAUGUUUCAGGCUCUAGAUAUGAACUUCUGUGUAGAACUUUGUGCUGAGGAGGGCGGAGAGCAAGUAGAACUUGUGCCAGGAGGAACGGACAUUGAAGUGACCGCCCAGAAUGUACACGAUUAUGUUCGUAGGUAUGCUGAAUAUAGAAUGGUCAAAGUUGGAGAAAAAGCUCUCAAGAGGUUAAGAAUGGGCGUAUUUGAUGUGAUACCAUCUAACUCGUUAGAAGGUCUGACAUCAGAGGAUCUCCGACUGUUGUUGAAUGGUGUUGGAACCAUCAGUGUACAGACACUUAUAAGUUAUACAUCAUUUAAUGAUGAAAGUAGUGAGAGUAACGAGAAGGUACAGAGGUUUAAGCGCUGGUUCUGGUCAGUUGUAGAAAAGAUGAACAAUAUAGAGAGGCAAGAUUUGGUAUACUUCUGGACGUCGAGCCCAGCUCUUCCAGCGAGCGAGGAAGGUUUCCAGCCGAUGCCAAGUAUCACAAUACGGCCUGCGGAUGACGACCACCUUCCCACAGCAAAUACAUGCAUAUCUAGACUCUAUAUCCCAAUAUAUACUACAAAACAAAUCCUGAAGACUAAACUAUUACUUGCCAUCAAGACUAAAGCUUUUGGAUUUGUAUAAUGCUAAAUUCAUUCUAGAACUUUUGUGUUAAAUACAACUAAAUGUGUGCUCUUGAUCAUAGAAAAUGACGAGGUACAUUCAACCCAAGAGGGACAGAAUAUGUGACAAAAAAUUGUAAUAAGCUUGAUGCUUGAUUGUGCACAAUAAAAAUCCCGAGCGGCUAAAAAAUUUGUCA